AUGGCUAAAAGAAAGAGAGCAGCCCUUUUGCCCACCAACAUUGCACUUCUGCAAAAUCUGGUGCGACGAGACCCUCCUUCUUACAAGGAGGAGUUUCUUCUCCAGUACCAGCACUAUGAGUCCAUUCGUGACAUUUACAUGAACUCGCCUCAGACUGAGAACUCUGAGGAGUUUGGAGAUCUCGUUGGAUUCGUCGCACAGGUUGCAUCGUGCUACCCCAAAGAAACAGCCAACUUCCCCGACGAGUUGUCCAAGCUGAUCCUCGAUCACCACCAGCAUCUCGACGAGGAUCUGCGAGAGAAGCUCAUCCAGUCUAUGGUUCUUCUCAAGAACAAGGGUGUCAUCACCCCCGAGAAGCUUAUCGCCACCCUCUUCCCCAUUCUGCUCAUCACUGGCAGCAAGCAGCUGCGAACUCAGAUCUACUCCAACAUUGUCACCAUCGUCAAGGGUGCCAACACUGGAAGCAAAGCUCAGAAGCUCAACAAGUCUGUCCAAGCACUUCUAUUUAAUGUUCUGUCCACUGGAGAGUCUUCUGGUCUGUGGGCCACUAAACUGACCCGAGAGCUGUGGAGACGAGGUAUUUGGGACGACUCCCGAACUGUGGAAAUCAUGGCUCAGGCUACUCUUCACGGAGAGGCCAAGAUUGCCAUUUCUGGUGUGCGAUUCUUCCUUGGCGCUGACAAGGAGCGAGAGGAGGCUAACGCCGAGGACUCUGAUUCCGAUGCCUCUGCCGAGAUCGGUGCUCUUAAGCAUCGACUACAGAUCAACAAGAACUCCCGAAAGCGAGGACGAAAGGCCGAGUCUGCCAUGAACAAACUGCUGAAAAAGCGAAAGGGUAACGGUGGUGUGUCUGCCACCUACCUCAACUUUUCCGCCCUGCAUCUUUUGCGAGACCCCCAGGGUUUUGCCGACCAGCUCUUUACAAACUUAUGCAAGUAUAGAUACGAUCUUGAGCAGAAAAUUCAGAUCAUGAACCUCGUGUCUCGAAUGAUCGGCACACAUAAGCUCACCGUUCUGGGCAUCUAUUCUCAUUUCCUGAAAUACCUCACCCCCAAGCAGAAGGACGUCACUCAGAUCAUGGCUGCCGCCGCGCAGGCUUCCCAUGAUCUCGUGCCCCCUGAUGCCAUUACACCCAUGAUCCGAAAGAUUGCUGACGAGUUCGUCUCUGAUGGUGUUUCUGCCGAGGUUUGCUCUGCUGGUAUCAACACCAUCCGUGAGAUUCUGGCACGAAAUCCUCUUGCUAUUGAGGCUCCCCUUCUUCAGGAUCUUACUGCUUACAAAGGCUCCAAGGCCAAAGCAGUUGUUAUGGCUGCUCGAUCUCUUGUUUCCCUCUACCGAGAGGUUGCACCCGAGAUGCUUGCACGAAAGGAUAGAGGUAAGGAGGCAUCCAUGGCUAUGUCUGCUGACGCUAAGGCCGGUACCUCUUCUCGACUCCAGUAUGGUAUUGAGAAGGGCCAGACCGGUAUCGAGGGUCUCGAGCUGUUGGCCAAGUGGAAAGCUGACCAGGUCCAGGAGGAAGAUGAUGAGAAGGCUUGGGAGGUUGAUUCUGACUCUGAUGAUGACUCUGACGACUCUGAGUCCGGAUGGAUCAACAUUGAGGACGAUAAGGAGUACAACAUUUCUGACAGUGAAGACGAGGAGGAACUCGACGACGAAGCCAAAGCUGCUAAGGCCCAGGCUGCUGCCGACGCUGCUGCCGAGGCCCAGAACAUUAUGGCUACCAAGAUUCUCACUCCUGCUGACUUUGCCAAGCUCGAGGAGCUCAAGGCCCAGGCGGGCUUCGACAAGCUCAUGGGCAAGAAGCUCACCAACGAGGAUGAGGUCGAUGCUCGUGGCCUGAUUGGACCUGUCAAGUACAAGCAGCUGCGAGAGGAGCGAAUUGCACAGGCCCAGGAAGGACGAGAAGGACGAGAAAAGUUCGGUUCUCGAAAGGGAAAGCGAGACGCCCCUCACUCCACCACCAACAGAGAGAAGGCCCGAAAGAAGAACUUCAUGAUGACUAUCCACAAGAAGGAUGUCCAGGGCAAGGCCAAGAGAUCGCUCAUCGAGAAGAAGCGUUUGCUGAGAGCUCAUAUCGACAAGCAGAAGAAGAAGGGAUUCUAG